GUGUGAGAGCGAUAGGCGGACCUCUGUCCUCUUCACAUCCCACUUUGGAGGAGAUUACAGCCGCCAUAGAGUAAAAAGGUUGGGGGGGGGGGCACAUGACAUUAACGCAGGGGACGUUGGACGGGCAGGACCACACGCCACUGGCUCGAGGCGGAGGAAGCUCUCGUGUGGACAUAUUCCACAGUUGGAGGACACUUGGACUUCUCCGGUAAGAUAAGACACCGACGAGCUAACUAUCUCCCAGCUCCAACUGAAACUGGUUUCUGCAGCCACCUCCUUUGCGUCCAAAGACAUCCAGAGAAGACAUGAGUGAGGACAAACCUGCCGAGAGUGCGGAAAGCUCCCCCGCUGAGAUGAACGCCAUUCCUAACGGGAAAGGUCACAAGACGGGGGAUGAGAUCUCCGCUUUGGCCAAAACGUCACCUGCAGAAGAUGGACCCAAAAGCGAGAACACGGAGGCCAACCUCCCAGAGGGCCAGGAGUGCUUAUCAGGCGGCGACAGUAAGAACACCACAACAUUUACCGAUUUUGAAGGGAAAACCUCAUUCGGGAUGUCCGUCUUCAAUUUGGGCAACGCUAUCAUGGGAAGCGGAAUCCUGGGAUUGGCGUACGCCAUGGCCAACACGGGAGUGGUUCUCUUUUUGGUUCUCCUUACGGGGGUGGCCCUACUUUCCUCAUAUUCCAUUCAUUUACUGCUCAAGUCUUCCGGUAUUGUAGGUAUCCGUGCUUAUGAGCAGCUGGGCUACCGAGCGUUUGGCACUCCCGGGAAGAUGGCGGCGGGCAUCGCCAUCACGCUGCAGAACAUCGGCGCCAUGUCCAGUUAUCUGUACAUCGUCAAGUACGAGUUCCCGCUGGUCAUUCAGGCCUUCCUCAAGGUGGACAAGCCUGCAGGGGAAUGGUACCUGAACGGGAACUACCUGGUGGUCAUCAUAUCUGUGGCUGUCAUCUUGCCGCUGGCGCUCAUGAAGCAGCUGGGGUACCUGGGCUACACCAGCGGUUUCUCCCUGAGCUGCAUGGUCUUCUUCCUCAUCUCGGUCAUCUACAAGAAGUUCAACACGCCUUGUCCCUUUGUGGACUUCGCCAUCAACGGCACGGCGGCCGGGAUCAACGUCACGCUUCCCGGCGGGGAGGACGACCCCGCCUGCCUUCCCAAAAUGGCCAACCUCAACUCGCAAACCGCCUACACCAUCCCCAUCCUGGCCUUUGCCUUUGUGUGCCACCCUGAGGUCCUGCCCAUCUACACCGAGCUACGCAACCCCACCAAGAAAAAAAUGCAGCAUGUGGCCAACAUCUCCAUCGCCGUCAUGUACAUCAUGUACUUCCUGGCUGCUCUCUUUGGAUACCUGACCUUCUACGGUGAAGUGGAGGCGGAGCUGCUUCACACGUACAGUCGCAUCGACCCGUACGACUCGCUGAUUCUGUGCGUGCGAGUUGCCGUCCUCACCGCCGUCACGCUGACCGUGCCCAUCGUGCUCUUUCCCGUGCGGAGGGCCAUCCAGCAGAUGAUGUUCCCCAACAAGACCUUCAACUGGCCGCGCCACAUCGCCAUCGCCUUCACUCUUCUCACCUUCAUCAACCUGCUGGUCAUCUUCGCCCCCAACAUCCUGGGCAUCUUUGGGGUCAUAGGAGCGACAUCCGCGCCUUGCCUCAUCUUCAUCUUCCCUGCCGUCUUCUACAUUCGUAUCGUACCCAAAGAGGAGGAGCCGCUGCACUCCACCCCCAAAGUCAUGGCGGCGUGCUUUGCCGGGGUUGGCUUCCUGUUUAUGAUCAUGAGUCUCAGCUUUAUCAUCAUUGACUGGACUUCAGGCACCAGCCAAGCCAGCGGGGGCCACUAACCGGCCAGGCCCCCAUCCAGGCCCCCAUCCAGGCCUCCGUCCUCGACCUGGAACCUCCACUCGUCUUUGUUUUAGCCGUUCCGUUUGGUGUUGAUGGUUUGACUCCGCGUCACGUUCUAUCUUCCAUAGAGGAAUCAAGCGGUGGGUUUAGGAAGACUCGGCGUCCCCGCACAUGCAACUUUGUACUUUGUACUUUGUACUAUGUACUUUGUACUUUGUACGUCUCAGCACACGGCUCUGGUGGAUAAAGAUGAGGAGCCGCUGCCUAAAAGCAACAAAUGUAGGAAGCUGCUGUCUUUAUGCACCCGUCACUGUGCUGGAUGGCUAGUCAUGCAAUACUCUUAGCGUCCAAACCUGAUCAUGCUAACGCUACUACUACUGCUACUACUACUACUACUACUACUACUACUACUAAGCCACAUCUUCCAUCCAAGCACUCGUGUAGCACAACUUGGAAAUACAUUCCACAAGACGUCAGCAAUUCCGUACCGUACUGACUCGGAUAUUAGGAGCUAUUUUUUCACCCCGAGACAAAAUUUUUGAUUUUGGAAACGAGGGAUGUCCCAAAUCGAAGCGCCACCGAUCGGUAUCCAUGACAAAGCGUGUGAUCAGCACAUGCCGAUAAAUGCCUUUCAACGCCGAUUUCCGUGGCGUCACACAUAGCGAUACCUGCAUAAAAACAAACAUGUCUGGCGUGUGGAAGUGGUCCACCGACACAUGUCACUAACAAUAUCUGGCUAGGUUAGCAAGCAUUUUGUCAUAUACGGGAGCUGGAAACGCCGAUUAUUAAUAUCAACUUUUUCCGUUUUCGAAUAUUUCAAUGAAUCUUUUGGUAAUAUUAUGACUCCAAUAAUUCCUAUAUAAUAAUGAAUUCCAAUAUAAUUGCAAUUGCAAAUAUAUUCCAAUAAUAUAAGCCAGCCUAAUUUUCCGAUUUGAUUUCGUUUUUUUUUAAAUAUUUCAUCUCCAUGCUAGUAAAAUUACAUUAUUAUUCCUGGGACUAUGACACAUUUAUUCUGGGAAAAUAUGACUUUUUCACGUUUUUCCCCCACUUCCGCUAAUUUAUUUUUAAUGUCAACGUUCUUCUUUUAAUUACUCCCAGAAUAUUUGGACUUUAUUCGCAUCAAAUUUGAACUUUUUCGGGAACCUAAUCAUCCAAAACUGACAACUUUUGUUUUGAUAUUGAAAAAUUUGAAUUUUUAGGGGUUUGAUUAUCUUUUUAAUUUCCAAUAAUGACCUAUUUUUGGGGCUCCCUGACCUUGAAAUUGGUAUCGGAGCAAUGAGAGGAUCACUAUCCAUUUUUGGGUUGUCUUAUAUUCGGGCCAUUACGGUACUACUUCAGAUGAAUACCUAAUAUAGUAGUGUGUUUUUAUUAUAAAUAUUAUUAUGUUUGCAUCUCCUGAAGACCUCAAGAAAAGUACCUCUGAGUGUUCCUAGUCCUUUUGGAUUUUUUAUGUGUCUCUGAGAUUUUGGGUCUUGGUUGCCGUGGCGACGCUCGAACACAAACGGAUCCAGAACCAAAACACACAUGCUUAGCGUUUGCGUGGCUUGUCAGCCGCCACACGUCCCUCAUGUUGACAUCCUGAGCAAUAGACUGGAUAGGAAAUCUCGGAAUCGUUAGCAUCAGCACUUUCUUUGACAAAGCACAACUUGUAGCCGUCUUUUUUGGGAAAAGUGGACUUUGUUUUGGAUUUUUUUUGCCCAUCGAUGAGCACACGUCUUUCUCUGUCCUGUAUGUUCUAAAGAUAUAAAAAGAGAUAAAGCAUCGUGAGCGAGUGUGUGGUGAGGCUAGCCCGGCUAGUAGCUAGCCGUUGUGGUGUGUUCUAAUAAUAAUAACAAUGUCGCUGUAUCGAUAUGCGGAUCACAUUACGGAAAUGGGGUCUUGUCGCUGCUUUUUGGAGUGCAGUUUUCCUUGAAGUUUUUACCGUCCAAAAACUGAUGUUGCGCCAUAAAGUCGUCCCUCGCUAUAUUGCGUUUUUUUCCGAAAAUGAUUGAUUGAAUGAAUGACGACAGGAAUGACACAUAGCUAAAAACGUCAGCCAUGACAUUUCCCACAGGAUAGUGGAAAAGGGCUGUCCUCCCAUUCCAUGUGGAAGUGGUUUUUUUUUUCUUUUUUUUUCUUCUUUAGUUACUUCAAUCUAUGACCUUUUUUCGCAUAAAUGUACCACUUUACUCUCAAAAAUGUAUGACUUAUACUCAGAAAUUGACGAUUUUUUUUCUCCUGAUAUGAGUUUUUUCUCAUAAAUGUAGAACAUUAUUUCUCAUAAGUGUAUGACUUAUUUUUUAUUGUGAAUUUAAGACUUUAUUCUCGUCGUAUUACCACUUUUUUGUGUAAAUGUGCGACUUUAUAAUCGUAAAUUGACUACUUUUUACUCAUAAAAUUUAUGACUGUAUUCUUGGAAUAUUGAAACUUUUUUCUCGUAAAUUUCCGACCUUUUUCUUGACUUUAUUCUCAUAAAUGUACGACUUUAUUCUCGUAAUAUUACAUUUUGUCUCGUAAAUUUACGACUUUAUUUUAUUAAAUGUAUGACUUUUUUCCCUCAUAAAUUCACACAAGUUUAAAACUAUUCUUGUAAAACUAUGAUUUUUUUCUUUACAACUUUAUUCUUGUGCUGUUACAUUUUUUUCUUGUAAGUUUAUGACUUCAUUCUCAUAAAUUUACGACUUUAUUCUUGUGUUGUUACAAUUUUUAUUGUACGUUUAUGACUUUAUUCUCAUAAAUGUAUGAUUUUAUUCUCGUAAACGUACAAUUUGAUCAUUUUGACUGUAAGUUUACAACAUUUUUCUUCAUGAACAAUUCAUGAUUUUAUUCUCAUAGUGUUAUGUACGACUUUUUUCUCAUAUAUGAAAGUUCAUUCUCAUAAAUGUAUGACUUUUUCCUCAUAUAUUUAAAUGUUUAUUGUCAUAAAUUGAUGGCUUUAGUCUCAUAACAUUACAACUUUUUUUUUUUUUAAUAAAUUUACGACUUUAUUCUUGUAAUAUUACGACUUAAUUCUCGUACAUUUAUGACUUUUAUACUAGAAAUCUUCCUGAAUGUGGAGUAAGAACCAAUUACCGCGAUAUAAACGAGGGACGACUGUAUUAAAAAGGAAGCGUCUAGCACUAGGACCAUGCGGAACAAAGGCCGCCCAAGAUGAAGCCUGUUUCACUUUAGACUCCCCCCCAAGCUCAUCGAUUGAAGCUCAUCGAUUGGCUUAACCUUUAAAAUGUUUUUUUUUUUGUGGGGGGGUUCUAACAUGAUUGGCUUUUCCCACUCUUGGACUUGAACGCGGGUGUUUUUGUUCGCAGUUCGUCAUCAUCUUGCACUUUUGUAACUGUGCCUGUGUGCGCAUGCGUACGUGUGUUUGGUCUCCCCCUCCCCCUCCUCCAGGUAUACAUAUGCUGUAUUCAUUAAUCCGAUGUAAAUUCCACAAGUAGAACAAGUAGAAUUAUGUAACUGUGGAUGUCAAUUCUUUUUUCCACGUAGCAAUUGAGGCAAUAUCGUUAUUAUCGCGAGAAAAGAGGAGAGAAAAUGACGGUGACGGUUGUUAAAUGUGGACCUAUAUACCGAUUUACUGUUUAUCGGCUAAACUUCAGUGUUUCAAUACAAGAUUGUUAUUUCGCUUACGGACCGGUUCCGACGUGAGUCUUGAGUGGUCUCGUCUGCCUUUUUACAUAUCUUUGUUUUUUUUUAUGGAUGGCAUUUCCGUCAUAUUGGAAUCCCUGCGUGCACGUGCACCGUCAAUGACUUCCUGUUCCUGAUCGACUGUAGGUGUUGUAGUACGAGUUGUUGUCUGUACGAACACAAACAUUGCUAAUGUUUUUAUGUUCCAUACAGACGUAAUUCCACUCCAAAAAGACAAGUACAAUACUAAUAACCGUGUGAAAUAUUGUGUGUCGAUGCAAAAUGACCUCUAUAUGAACCCUGACGUCACAUCUCAGUGAGCCUCUUUGUGAUUGGACAGACAUAUUGGCCGGCGUUUAUAAAUAAAUGUAAAUACAUGUAUACCCUUUAUAUUCUAUACGCAUAUCUAGUUUGUAUAAUGUACAUAGCCGUUGUAGUUAUUGUCCUAUCAAAUAAAAUAAAAAAACUAUAUAUGUUUAAUAAUUUUUAAAAGUGCUUUUAAACCUUUUGUCCUUCAAUUGGUGUCUAUUUUUCUCUCUAUUUUAAUAUGUCGCUGGCAGUAUUGUACUGUAAACAGUGUUGCAAUAAAGAUAAUGACGUCA